AUCACCAUGAAGCAAUAUCCAUAACUUAAAAUAUAACUUCCGUCAAUCACUACUACUACAAUCUAUCAGAACAACCAACGAAGUAAUUUCCAAACAUGGCACACCCCGCCCGACAUUCCGCUAUGAUGUCCGUCAGCAACGGCGCCCCAAAUCAGUCAAACGCUAGCGACAAGCAGCAGCAGCCACCGCAGCAGAUUCAGCACAUCGCAAAUACCGGGUUGCGCGUCCCAUCGAACCGGAAAACCAUCUAUGACAGACAUCUGAAUCGCAGUCGAAAUGCGGAAAUCAGCCGGGCAAGUUUCGCCUUUCUCUUUGCGGAGAUGGUCACAUAUGCCCAGAGGAGAGUAACGGGCAUUCAGGACCUGGAGAAACGAUUGAAUGAACAAGGAUACCCCCUCGGACUCCGUCUUCUUGAUCUACUUUACUACCGAACCACAUCUAGCUCAACCUCAUCGUCUUUAUCAAGCUCGUCGACUUCUGCCGCUCCACCUAAUCGACCCCUCCGUAUUCUGCCCUUGCUCCAUCUCAUCCACGGCCCCCUCUGGCGACUCCUUUUCAAUCGUCCGGCAGAUGCUCUCGAGCACUCUGUGUCUCCCGACACACCCAACGAAUAUAUGAUUACGGAUAAUGAUCCGCUUGUAAACACAUACAUCAGCGUACCCAAGGAAAUGAGUAUGCUUAACUGUGCGGCUUUCGUGGCGGGAAUCAUUGAGGGUGUCUGCGACGGUUGUGGCUUCGAGGCCAAGGUUACGGCUCACAAUCAACCAACGGAGAUGUGGCCUGGUCGGACAAUCUUCUUAGUGCGCUUUGGGGAGAGUGUUAUGGAGAGGGAGAAGGUUCUGGAGAGGGCGGGCAUCAAAUAAACUCGCCGCAACACACAGCCUGAAAUUAGGACAGGGAUCCCUUUGACUGAUUGCUACUUCUGGCUGGCUAUUAUGAUCAAACUGGACGUCGGUUACGAUAGAGGGUGGUAAGGUUAUCAAUUCGUCGACUAUGCUUGGUGUUAGUGUCUACUAUUCGACGUUUGGAACGGGACAAUUGACAUACUCCAUGCGGUCAACUACGGCUACUGCGUUUAUAUUUAUGCAUAGGGAAGAUUUUUGAGCAAGCUGGUG